CCUUGCAAAAUAAGCAUGACGGCAUUUCCGGUAAAUUGUAAACAUUGAAUCAAGGAUGGAGUUGGAAAAUGAUAUUACCAGUACAACCAGAGAACAGAUACUCCUGUGCAUAUUGAUUGUAUUCACUUUUGUGAUACUUCUCAAAAGGUUUAACUGGGAGGAAAUCUUCCUACAAAACAUCAAUUCAGUUCAUCAUGUUAAAUCGACACAGGAAGUUUCUGUGAGAGAAGUGUUUAACCCAUUCCACAUUGCUUUCUCAAAACAAAACAAGAGCUGCAUAUCAGAUGGGUUAAAUCUACAGGUGUCAUUACUAAAACCUGGUUUUAUAAGUCUCUUUUGGGGAGCAGACAUAGAUGAAUUUUACAAGGAACUCCAGCACCCAUGCGAGGUUCUUCAUUAUAGAAUUCAAGAAGAGCUCUUUCUUGGUGACAAGAAAGUGGAAGUCACACAUUAUUCACAGAGGCCACAAAAGUGUGAGGAUUCAGAAUGGCAUAUGGAAAUACCAGACAGGGUUAAACAUCCUGAUAAAACCUCUCCUAGAAAUACCUACCCUGUUGUUGUGGCUUGUACCCUAGAGAAGCCUGUGGCAGAGGAAUUACAGAUAGUUGUUAUGCUGUCUGUCUUGCACAUUAAGGAUCCACAAGUUCAGCUAGAUUCUCAAGUUUUACACCAGUAUCUGAUCACCACUGACAACAAAAUUACCACUCUCAAUCCUUUUUACAUAUCCACUGAAAACACAAGUACAGAGACAGAUACAAGAAAUUGUUACAGUGAUUCUGAAUUCCAGCAGCAUCCUGGUAUUGAUGAUGAAGAAGAAAGACUAAGAAGCCAUAUUGUUUUUGACACUUGCUGUGUGUGUCAGGAUGCAGAAAUGACCAUUGUCCUUCUCCCUUGUCGACACGGAUGUGUGUGUAGUCAAUGUGUAAAUAAACUGGACAAGUGUCCAGUGUGUAGGGAUAUUUUUACCUCCUAUUUCAGAGUAAAAGACUCCAGUCAUCAAGAUUCAAUAUCUAGUCAUAGUAACUUAGAACAUUCAGUUAACCCACCUACUGUUGAAGGCAGCUGUUGGUGGGAAAGACUAAACAACAGGCUUAACAGCUUCUUUGGGUUCAACUGAUAUGUGUUGUUUUCAAUAAACUGCAGUAAAGUUAAAACAA